AUGGCAUUAGCAGCUGCUCCAGAUCCUAAUAAAUGCGCUUAUUAUUUGCCACAUUAUGCUGUAAUAAAAGAAUCUAGUAUCACAACCAAAUUAAGAGUGGUCUUUGACGGAUCCGCUCCAUCUAGCUCUGGAUUAUCUCUUAAUGAUAUUUUAUACCGAGGUCCCAAGGUUCAACCAGACUUGUUAGAUAUAUUAUUGAGGUUCAGAAUGCAUUCUAUAGUCAUAACAGCUGAUAUUGCUAAGAUGUACAGGCAAGUACUUAUACACCCUGAGGAUCGAGCGUUACAAAGAAUAUGGUACAGAGAAACUCCGGAACAGUCUUUAAAGGAAUUUGAGCUACGCACAGUCACUUAUGGUACAAAGGCUGCAUCCUUUCUUUCUACACGGUGUCUUUUGCAGCUGGCUACUGAAGUUGAAAAUCCAACUCUUAAACGUGUCAUAUCUAGUGAUUUUUAUGUUGAUGAUUUACUUACCGGUUGUGCCACUGAAGAUGCAUGUUACUCACUUUAUGAAAAUGUCAAUAAGGUUUUGGAAGCAGCUGGUUUUCCGCUGAGGAAAUGGUGUUCCAACUCUAGCACAUUGAUGUCUCGCAUUCCCACGGAUACGGAUGAUGCAACAUAUCGGUUGUCUUUAACGGAUCAAGAUACGGUUAAUACGCUUGGCUUAUCUUGGCAGCCCAGGACAGAUACAUUUCAUUUUUCCCUUGGUUCUUGGAAUCCGCCAACACACAUGACAAAACGUUCUCUUCUUUCUGAUAUUAAUCGUAUAUUUGAUCCCAUUGGACUCAUUACUCCUAUUUUAAUAAUAGGUAAGAUCUUCUUACAACAAUUAUGGUUACUAAAAUUGAGCUGGGAUUCAAUGCUGCCAUCAGACCUACAAACACGUUGGAUCAAUUUUUAUUCCAGUCUUAAAUCGUUGGACAAAUUGUCCAUUCCUCGGAAAGUCACAAUCGAUGGCGAAUCUACUAUUACAUUGCAUGGUUUCUGUGACGCUUCACAAGCAGCAUAUGGCGCUUGCGUUUACAUUCGAAAUCAAUCUCAUGAUGGAUCUAUCAUUGUCAACUUGUUAAUGUCUAAGUCCAAGGUGGCCCCCAUGCGCACAACUACCAUUCCACGUCUUGAGCUGUGCGGUGCCCUUCUUCUAUCAGAGCUCGUCGUUGAAAUUCAAGCAGAGCUGUCCACCAUAAAUAUCAAAUUUAAUUCAUCGGACAUAAUGCUAUGGACUGAUUCCUCAGUGGCGCUUGGGUGGAUCCAGUCAGCUGUCCAACUCAAGUCGUUUGUAGCUAAUCGGAUAUCACAAAUUUUGGAGAAUACUGAGGUUAAAAUGUGGCGUCAUGUUCCCACUUCUAGUAAUCCCGCGGACUUGAUAACUAGGGGAACCAACGCAGACACAUUAGCUGAUCCUAAUCAUCUCUGGUGGAAUGGACCAAGUUGGUUAGUAAAUACAGAGGCUUCAUGGCCGGCUGAAAUACCUCUUCAAGAACACCUUCCAGAGGUACGUCUAAUUAAGUUAGCACUUUUGGCUACACAUAGUGAUGCCAAUUGGAUUAUUGAUCGUUGUUCCAACUGGCGGAAGUUGAUGCGCGUAACUGGGUAUGUGCUACGAUUCACAUUCAAUUGCAGAAUACCCAAGCGUAGAAAGGAUAAUCGUCGGCUUGGCUCCUUAACUAUUGCUGAACUUGAUACAAGCCAAUUGUUUUGGUUACUACGAUCUCAGAUGCAAGAUUUUAGCUCGGAAAUAAGCUCACUGAUACGUAAAAAUGAAGUUGAUCGUCGAAGUUGUUUGAAAUCUCUAAAUCCAUUCCUUGAUGGUCAUAAGUUAAUACGUGUGGGAGGCAGAUUGGCUUAUGCUCCAAUACCUGAAAGUCAAAAGUGUCCAAUUGUUCUGUCUUCAAAAAAUCCAAUUGUUAAAAUGUUAUUUCAAUAUGAACAUGUACGAUUACUUCACAUCGGUCCUCAAGGACUCCUGGCUCACAUUCAUAGGACAUACUGGCCUAUCAGAGGCAAAAAAUUUAGCUCGUCAAACUGUCCAUAA